UCCAUUAAAAAAAAAACAGAGUGCGUUUGACGUUUGGAGCAGAAGGAGAUACACUCGAUUUUUAUUGCUGGUGAAACUAGCGAACAAGUACGCCGUGAAGCACAUGACAGGAUAUCCGAAAUAUGUGCCCAGACUUCCAGAGCUCUUGGUGUGCCGAAAUUAGUGGUGUGUUAAAAUUGUAGACCGUUUCUGUCCGUUGGAAAUCCGCGAAAGUCCUAGGUCCACGAAACAAUAGUUGCGUGUGCGUAUGACUAGUGUGUAUGUGUGUGUGUGUGUGAGCUGUGUAAACAAGAAGAGUUUUUCAUCAUUGCUUUUCCACGGUAGCCAGUAGUGCCAUUAGCGCCCGCCCUGCACAUUCACCAUUGAUACGACGUCGCGUGGUGUUGCGCCCAGUGAUAACACAAUGGAGAAAGUGAAGAGCGCGGAACGGGCAGCCAUCAUCAAAAGCCGCCCCAGCCCUAACGAGCAGAAAGCGGUCGCUGCCAACGCCGGGGGCCCAGGAUUGAACAGUGACGGAGCGCCUGCCCUUCGAUUGCGACCAUCGCAGCUAUAUCAUACGCAGCACGGUCAGCAAACGGUGGCCACGGGGCCACUUGCGUCCGAUCGGAAAGUUCAUACCAACACCACCACCACCACCGCCGUAACACAGCAGCAGCAGCAGCAAGAUCGUGUGGAACACGAAAAAGUGAACGACAAAGGAGGAAGGAACGACCGCAGUGAAGAGCGAAUGGUGGAGGAGCAGGAGGAUGAAGAGCAGGAAAAUCAAUACUUUUACGAGGAUGAAAUAUUUUGUCUCACCCCCAAAAACGGUCACGUCAAGUUCGGCCUGGUGCUCGACAACUACGACGAGAGCGACGAAGAAACGACGGAGGAGGACGCACCGAAGCGGGGCGAAAUCCGUGCCUGCUGGCAUCCGGACGGCCGUGAGGAAAUCAUCAAACAGCGCAAGGUGGGGCUAGCGGACAGGACGCUGAUGCCGGGCGAUGUGGUGCGCCGAAUGGUACCGGUCCGGGACACGCAGCGCGGUUACUGUCACGAGAUAACGGUGCGGGCCGAUUUACGCAUCAUCGGCACCAAGUACGUCGUGCGUAAUGUGGCCUCCGACCGGCUUAGGCCGUUGCUCUCCAUGCCCAAGGACAGUGCCGUGUGUCUAGAUUCGUGGGUAGGCAGCACAAAACACAUCAACGAGAAGCUGGUCCUUAAAUCGUCCUGCGGCUCACUGGUGGAGGUGUGUCCCGCCAGCGACCUGGGCAUGUUUCGCGAUCACAAUAUGCGCUUCCGGCGCGGAUUCUUUGCCGAACCACUGUUCUACCCCGGCCAGCAGCUGGUGGGGCUGAUGAGCGAGCUGGCCAACGGCAAGUGGCUCACGACGUCGAACGAGAUGAAGCUGUCGCGGAAGAACUACAUGCUCGAGCGCAAGUUCACCGUCCAGUCGGUGGAACUUCAGGGCGUUUCCGUGCACUGGCAGUGCAAGGUGUCGAGCGAAGACCUGGAGCAGAAGCUGUCCGAGGGCGGGAGUUUGCAGCAACCGCCCGAGUACAUUACCGGCGAGGAUUUGAAGCGCCUGAAGAAGCUGAACCUGUUCGAAUCGUGCAUGCUGCAGAUAAACGAUAAAAACUAUCUCAAGCUCGAAGACACGGACAUUAUCGGCUCGAAGCAGGCGUGGCGCAAAGACAUGACCAGCAAGUACCGCGAGCAGCUGCUGCAAGAGAGCAAAGCGAAAGCGAAACCAACCAGCAAAGCGAUCAGCGGCGGAGAGGAGGAAAAGAAAGGCGGAAAAGGAACGAAAUCGGGCAGCGCGGGUUCGAAGCUGUCGGCGCGCAGUGCCGGGAAAGAGAACGGGGCUCAGAAAGUGUCCACAAAGCUCACGAGCGUGGACAGUGAUGAAGGAUGGGAAACGGACGAGGAGGGUGAGCAUUCGGACGGGGCAGCUUCGUCGUGCUCGGCCACGUCGAAAACUAGCCCGCGCAAGUCGCCCCUGCUUGCGAAGCGUGUGCGCAAGCUGAAACGCCGUCAGUUGGCGGCCGAGUUUGCGGGCGAUCGAUUUCCAGCGGCCGGCGAUGAGGUGGUCACCGAAGCGCUGGUCGUGUACAGCACUGCCACCGUCGUUUGGCAGGAUGGUACGAUCGAGCCAAACAUUCCGUCUACCGAGCUGCGGCCGAUCCACCAUCUGGACGAUCAUGAGUUUUUCCCGGGCGACUUCGUGCUGGCGGGCAAUACGGAUCCGGCCAAAAAUCCUUCCUUCCGGGACUACGGUGUCAUACAGGACGUUGACCAUCACGGGCGAACGGCGCGCGUCAAGUGGUUCAGCACGUACACGUGCACGUCCGAGCCGCAGCCGUCGUACAACGGGGAGUCCGAGGUCAGCGUGUACGAUCUGAAGGACCAUCCGGACUUCCAGUACCGCCCCGGCACGAUCGUGAUACGCGUGGCGAACUUUACCGGCGAGGAAGGCGCUUCCACCGCCGGCCAGGUGUUGGACAACUAUCCCAACGGUAUGGUGAAGGUGUGGUGGGUGGACGGGUUCGUUAGCAUGUGCUGGCCGCAGGACAUCUUCGAGGUGGGGCAGUACGAUUCGGAGAACAACUUCUGGGGCAGCGUGGCCGACUCGGACGCGGAGUCGUGGGAAACGGAGGCCGAAUCGUGCCACUUCGGCGACGCGGAACCGGGCUCCCCGUCGUCGGUGGUGCUGAAGCCGCAGCUAACGGCCAACCUGGAGCGGGCUCGGGUGGCCAUUGCGCGGCUCGAGGAACUGUUCAACAUUAAUCCGCACCUGCAGAACCAGGAAAUCAUGAAGAAGCUGAUGCUGGUGUACAAAAAGUGUCGCUUUCUGGAUCGGCUGAUGAACACGAGCUUCUUCCACGAGCGCCACUUUAUGGGGCUGGUGGAGCGGGUGCGCAAGUCGAACAAUCAAACCACGGUCGAGCGCAUGCAGGACCAGAAGAACCGGCUGUUCAACCAGAGUGCGUCCGGGUCGAAAACGUCCACACCGACGGCCGGUACGCCGGAGUCGGUAAGGCCAUCGCUGCAGCAGCGCGCCCUCUUCAGCCCGAGCACACCGACCAGCCCGGCCGUGAGCAGUCCGGCCGGGCGGCUGGAGGAAAACGACAAUGCGAACUAUAACGUCGGCAUCGCGAACAUGGAGCUGGACUACGUGAACAACAUGUGCAUGAAGAUGAACGAGAAUGCGGACGAUGUCGAUCUGAACAACACCAGCUCCGUGUUUGAUCUGGCCACCGGUGGUGGUGGUGGUGUGGGAGCGGAGUCAGAUAAACCAGACCAGGAGGAUCGAGAAACGGGCGAGCAGCUGGCGCGGGAGUGCGUUUCCGCUCGGCUGUGUUCGCUCAUCAAGGGCCAGCUGAUAAAGGUGCUGGAAGAGAUCAACGAACGCUACGGGCUGGAGGAUCCACUGAAGGAGAUCAUUUCGGUGGUGGAGCUGAAAACGCCAACCCUCGCCUCAAUGCCACCGUCAUGGACGCCCUCGCCGGUCGGAACGCCGGACAUUCCCGGUAGUGAGCCGGAUCCGCUGGCGUCCAGUUCGCCAGCCGUUGCAGGCGCGGACGCGGUACCAUCCUCACCGUCCAGCGUCCCGACCGAAAGCUUCCAGAUAAUCGAAUCGGCACCAACGUCCCACAAGUUCCAUCUCACCAUUUUCCAAACUAGCAACGCACAAAGCUUCUACAAAGCGGUACAGCGCGAACACUGGCUCCUGCGGACGGCUCUACCGCCGGGCGUGUGGGUGCGAACGUUCGAGGACCGGCUGGACUUGCUGAGCGUAAUGAUCGAAGGUCCGAAGAAAACCCCGUACGAGGAUGGGCUGUUUCUGUUCGACAUUCAGCUUGGGCUGGACUAUCCACGUGCCCCGCCGCUGUGUCAUUACAUCAGCUACUGCACCGAUCGGUUGAAUCCCAAUCUGUACGAAGAUGGCAAGGUGUGUGUGUCACUGCUCGGUACCUGGUCCGGCAGAGGGACGGAGGUUUGGGGCCCGACCAGCACGCUGUUGCAGGUGAUCGUUUCCAUACAGGGAUUGAUCCUUGUGGCGGAACCGUACUUCAAUGAAGCGGGCUAUGAAAAGCUACGGGGCUCACAGCAGGGCAAGGAAAAUUCGCGCAUGUACAACGAAAUGGUGCUACUAAAGCUGGUCCAGUCGAUGACGAAACUGAUGUCCAAUCCGCCGGAAGUAUUUCGCGAACAGAUUUUAACCCACUUCCACGCGUGCGGCCAGCGCAUGUACAGCCGGUUGAAAACGUGGAUGGAACUGUCCAAUGAUUGUAACCGGCAACCGAGCGCGUCCGAUCAAACCGCAGCGAUCGACGUCAGCGCUGCUGCUACAUCCAUCCUUGCUUCCAGCGAACAAGAAGCUUCUAGUGCUACGGUUGACUACUCCUCGGAAGCCAGCGCUCGUGCGAUUCCGCAGCCGGAAUUUCCGCUCAUUCCCGCCAGCCGUGGUUUUUGCCUAACUCUCACCGGUCUGCUGGAAGGACUGCAAAAGCAGCUGCAGCAAUUAUCACCCCUACCGCAGCCAGCGCUUGCGGACGGCAAAUAACAAGCAGGAUCGGGAAAACGCGUGCACUGUUGCUUUUGGCGCUACGCGUCGGUAGGUUGUGUUGUUGCGGUGCCUCUAGUUUAUGCUGCUGCCAAGGCAGCAUAGCAAGCUAAAUUAUUCUACAUAACAAAAGAAAGGCACUACGAGAGGAGGAGGAGGGAUAGCUUUACUAGUUACAUCGUUGAGAGAAAAACAGGCAGUCGAUCGAACAAGAGGAAACGGCGCUGUUGUGAAGGUCGUUCCAAUGGGUCUACGCUUUCGGCAGUUUAUUAAAGGCACAACUAAUUUGCCCCAUUUGGUAUUCAUUAGCAUGGGUGAGAUUGUUAUUUUCACAAAAUUUUGUUUGCUUGCUUCCGGCACAUGUUUUAUUGCAUCUCAUCACACCGACUGAGCAAUAGAGUAGAACUGUUAUUUAUCAAUAACAUUGCUUAUUGGCAGGUUUGCUGCGAGCGACAUGCUAAAUGCAUCCAUGGUAAAGCCACUUCUGGUUUCUUGAUUACACGGUGUGUCUUUGUCGAGUUCUCAAAUUAGUAACAUUUAGUUCCUGUAUCGCACAUAUCAUCGCUUCCCAUUUGUUAGCCUUUAUAGUUAAUAUUAAUCGAAUCAUGAGCUUAUUUAUACCAGUCAUCUAGCUGUUAAAUACUUUUAAAUAUGUGAGCUAUUGCUAUUUGAUCGUUUUUUUUUUCGUAACUUGUAUUUUAAGAAUUACAUUUUGUUCCAGUGCUUUGCUCAGAUCAUGCUCCCGAACGUGCUCUGCCAAACGUGUUCCGUGCGUUUCUGUGCAUCGAGUUUUUUUUCGAUUCUUUUUGUUCCAGCCUAUGGAAGAAAACUGAACAGAAAAGAAAGCAAAACAUUCCAUACUAUAUAGCGUGCUGCAACAGAUAGCUAUUGCAAAAUAGAUGGCCUGUUUUGGAAGAAAGCACUAUAGAUGGUUGCUAAACAACAACAACAAACAACAAAGAGCAAGAAAAAGAUAAUAUGAAACACGAAAUCUCAUAAAAUGCUGUGCCUAUAAAUAAAUCAAUUACACAAUCCCUACAACAAAAAAACGUAUGAAACAAAUACGAAAGGAUGCUCAGACACACUAAAACACAUUACCAAAAAAGUCACGGAUAGAUGCCCGUUGAUAGCCGUUUUAAUCAUAGUGAGGAGCGAUACGAAAGUCACCAAAACGAAAACGAAAUCAAAAACCAAACUCUCCUAAACCUUACAAUCGUGUGUAGCGAAGAACAAUAACCUAGGUCCUAUUAAAACUAUUGCAAUGCACAACUCGCAAGCGAAUGGUAGAACUGUUAAUACUAUAUACCUUAGCAAACACUUAACCUUUGACCACCCUUCGCCAUGCUGCGGGGCGGGGGAUAGAGCUAACUGUUUUAGAGACACUCAUGAACUAUAGCUUAAACUUAUUGAGAAGUUGGGAAAGUUGCGUUUAUCUUAACGAGGGUGAAAGCAAACCGCUUCACCUUCAUGCGGAGCUAUGGCAUUUUGCCCGAUGGCAAACUCAUCUGGCCUAAACACAUAUGCGAAUCUCACUGUUAAAACUGCUCACUAUUGGUUCCUUGUAAUCCGCUAGCACUUAAUUAUUAUUGGUUUAAAUUACUACCGAGAAUUUUCCCACUUCGAUGGACUGCUUCCAUCGCCCUAAAAGGAAGCACAGACGCAAACAAACAAAAACCACAUAAACGCACAUUAAAGAAUAGAAAAGAUAUGGUACGCUACAAUCGAGCGAAGCAGGUUAAAGAAAAACUCUUUUAAAACCACAAUCCGAGCCCUUUUAAUGCGGAAUAGCCGUAAAAAAGCCUAGUUAGCGCCUUUGGGAGUGUGUUGAUCGCGGUAUACGCAGAGUUUGAAAAUUGAAGCGCAGUACGAGCAGACAAAUGUAGCAUGAUAAUGGUGGUCGAUGUCGUUAGUAGCGCCCCAACCUAUGCUGGCUAGACUUGGAAUGGCUUAAACGCUUUGCCAAAGCUAAUUGGUGAAACAGAUUGUGCAACAACAUGUUACAGCAAACCAGAAAGACUGUAUAAUACAAAGGGUCGGAAUGCGGGUAGAGGAGCAGCAUAGUGGAGAGAGCUUACUGAAGACAGGGAAGUCACACCCUGGAAGAUUAUUUUUGUUUAUCAAUAUCUGAAUCGCUUGAUCCGGCGAAUGUCCCUCAGUGUGUGUGUAUGUGUACUUUAUCGUGAAACUACCACCUAACUUACUGGUUGCGUUGCUUAACGUGCAUGUACAUAAUUUCAACAAUCAGCGCCAGCGCAUUCGUUCGUUUACAGGGGAACUUGUUUAUUGCAUUACAUUGGGUUUGCUCUGAAGAAUCAUUAGAAAGCAACAUUCUAAUCCAGCAUUUUGGGAGCAUUGGUAGCCGGGAGGAAGUGUAGGAAAAAUAGCUUAUUAUCUACCAUAUAUUAUGGUAACAUCUGGCAGCUUAUCAGUUCACGGUUGUGGCACUACCUAACAAACUCAACAAACCCAACGCCCAAUCGGAUCGCUCGCAGGAUCGACUCAUUUCGUCACGUUUACGUGGACGUCUGUAAUUUAAGGCACGUGAUAUUUAUGUUCUAUCUUCACCACAGCACCUCUCUAUAAGGUGAGCGAGGUUAUAAUUUAAAGAUGAUGGAAACCAAACGAAAGAAAGGAAUGAAACCCAGCUAACUACGGUACGGAGUUGGAAAUUGAAUCGUGUAUGAAUCGGGUGACGACAUAUUGUUGAACAAUGAUACCGCGUUUGUCGGAGUUCUCUGCAAAAAGUAAUAACAAAAUCGCAUAACAAUAAAACCAACCAAAAAAAAAUGCAUCAAAAAUUGCGUAAUCAGUGUUCGUUUCAUAUUAAAAUUUUGCUUUUUCUCAUUCGCAGUUCCAUUCGCAGGAAGCAAGUGAAACCACUGCCUAAUAGACCACUGUGUGGUGUAUCGUUGCAGUGAUAUUGGCCCGCUGCUUUGCAUCUGAGCAUGGCUCCGGUCGAUGAGCAAUUGAAUUAAUUCAACCACGAGCAGAGCACCACGCGGACAAUGCAAUCCAAGCGAUCGUGCUGGUGAUGAUGAUCGUUUAGUUAGACGACCCGCGGGGAAACGUUCGAACCGCGUCGGGAGCGAAAAAGAAGCGCCAAGAAGAAGCUAACUGACCGGAAAUGGGUAGAGUAAGGAACAAGAACACCGCAACGAAGCAAACAAAUCAGACUUUCCAUAAGUGAAAGUAUGAGAGACAGCAGAAUAGAGAGAGAGAGAGAGCGAGAGAGUAUUUGAUUCUGUUUUCAAGCAUCAUUUAAUAAUCCUUUGGUACGGGGCGCAAUCAACGCGGAUGGUGGUGCGUGCGCCCAGUGUUGUGUACACCACCAUGUGUCUGCAAAUGUUGCGCAGACCAGCGAUGUACGAUGGAAGGUUGUUAAUAAAUAGGGCCGGGCGCGCAUGAUAUGGCGGUGGUUGGUGAUGCCCGGACGAUGCAUCAAACCAGAAAACAAAUACCGAUAGUUUGUUUGCAUCCCGUCCGCAGGCGGGGGUGAGGAAGCCGGCUAAGAUGUUCCUACGGGUUGCGGGUUGCGUGUGCGUAAUGGUAUAUGCGUGUGUGAAUGUUGCAAUAAAUUAAUCCAAGCCCAUCGACGGGUGGCAUUUUCGAUGUUCGCGUGGUACGUGUGACGGUGCUCCGUUUGGUGCG